CGCUGACUGGAAAUAUACAUAAUUACAUACAUAGUCAGUGACGGACGCAUUAUCUGAAUAUCCGGGGCUGAACAAUGGAGGGAAGCUCGCUUCUCAGUCACAGCUGCUGCUCUUCUCCCACUUUAAAGCCCCAUCUAUCUUUCUCAUUAAGUUUCACUCUCUCCUCUUCUUCGUCUUCUUCUUUGCUCUUCGGAAAAUCCCAUCUUCUGGGUUUAAUCCAAAGACCAUUGUUGGCCACCGUGUCGCUAUCCUCCCCUCGAACCUCUCUCCGCACUUCGACCUUCACUCUCGACGAAGCUCUGGAAAAGCCCAACAGUGAUUCAAGAGAGAUGUUGCCCAAGAUUGAUAAGAGUGGCAGAUUUUGCAGCCCCAGAGCCGCCAGAGAGCUCGCUCUGUCGAUUGUUUAUGCUGCUUGUUUAGAAGGUUCUGACCCAGUACGGUUAUUCGAAAAGCGAAUGAAUGUCCGUCGAGAACCUGGGUAUGAAUUCGACAGGGCUUCGUUGCUUGAAUAUAAUCCCAUGAGCUUCGGAGGACCCCCUGUCACAGUUGAAACUGUCGAAGAAGCAGAUGAGCUUCUGCGGAAUGAUGAAAAGGAAUCUGCAAUUGAAGCAGAAGUUCUUGCUGCUCCUCCAAAAUUGGUAUACAGCAAACUGAUUUUGCGAUUUACUAGGAAACUUCUGGUUGCAGUCAUGGAUAAAUGGGACAGUCAUGUGCUUGUCAUUGACAAGGUUGCCCCUCCAAAUUGGAAGGAUGAGCCAGCAGGCAGAAUCUUGGAACUUUGCAUCCUUCACUUGGCAAUGUCAGAAAUAACAGUGCUAGAAACACGACACCCGAUUGUCAUUAACGAGGCUGUAGAUCUUGCUAAACGGUUCUGUGAUGGAUCUGCACCCCGUGUUAUCAAUGGUUGUCUUAGAACAUUCGUGAAAGGUAUUGAAGAAACUGGUGGUUUAACAACGGCCUUGGGGUAUAAACAGAAAGUGGUCACAUGAUGUAUGAAGUGAUCUUGUUUGGAAGUUUUGUUGUUUUGUAAUUGGAAAUUCUGAUGGUUGUUUGGUAGGCUGAACAGUCUCAAUUUGGGAGUAAUGCUUUAGUAACUUUGUAGGUUUUGGAAAACAAUGGAGGAAAUUACUUUUCUGUUUCCAUUGAAGUGGAAUCUAAUCUACAAUGAGAAAUGGAGGCCAUGGAGGCAGCCAACCAGUGUUGUAAUAGCUGAAAAUUUAAGAAUUAUUAUGUACAUGAUAAAUGUUGAUAUUCAGAUAAUGUCAUGAGUAGUAAGUUAAAUUGUUCA